AAUCAUCGAGUCAUAUAGCUGUUCAAUGAAGGCUUAGACAUUUUCAAUUUAUACCUUUAAAAAUACCUUACACACAAUUUUUUUUUAUUUUACUAGUAAAGAAUGGUUCGAACAUACAAAAAGUUGAAGCAGGGAGGAAAGAAAUCCUACUUAAAUAGUCAGGAAAUGAUAGAUGCCUGCAGUUGUUUUGAAUAAAGAAAUGUCGAUAAACCAAGCAUCAAAACAUUUUAGGUGUGAUAGGAGAGCUCUUUCGAAAAGAGUGAAAGGUGAACUAUCUGUUGACUUUCACCCAGGACGCAAAACAGUUUUAACUUCACAGCAAGAAAAAGAGCUGUCAGAUUGCCUAAUUUUAAUGGCUGAUUGGGGAUGGGGUUUCACUAGAGGUGAAGUAAAAGAUUUAAUACAAGAUUUUCUCAGAACAAACAGUAUUGAAACACCAUUUAUAGAUUCUCGACCAAGUAAAGACUGGUUGCAUGCCUUCUUGCAAAGAAAUCCCAAAAUUACUCCAAGAAAAACUGAACACUUAAGUAAUUCAAGAAGCCAUGCUGAAAAUCCUGAAACUAUCAAAACUUGGUUCAAUUUAGUAGAAAAAACAUUUAAAAAAGCAGGAAUUAUUAAUCUUCCUAAUCAAAUCUUUAAUUCUGAUGAAUCAGGGUUUGUCACAGACCCAAAGGAGCAAAUCGUAUUAGCAAAACGAGGUGCUUCUCGAGUGUCGCAGAGCAUUGGUGGAUCAGACAGGGAGCAGAUUACUGUAAAUUGUGCAUGCUCUGCUAGUGGACAGGUAUUGCCACCAUAUGUUAUAUACAAAGGAAAAAAUUUGUAUAUGGACUGGGUUAAAGGUGGUCCUGAUGGAACUGUUUAUACUACCAAUAGUAAGGGCUGGAUGGACUGCCCCCAUUUUUAAGAAUGGUUUCUAAACAUAUUUUUAAUUUAUACAAAGCAUCUUGCAAACCGCCCACGUGUACUUAUAUUCGAUGGCCAUAUUUCUCAUGUUAGCUCCCCACUUAUUGAUUCGGCAAAAAAAAAUGUUAUUCUCCUACGCAUUCCUGCACAUCUUACCCAUCUUCUUCAACCUUUAGACACAUCAGUUUUUCGACCUGUAAAAAGUAAAUGGCAAAGUUUGCUUAUAAAUAUGCAAGAACACAUAAUGGACCAGUGUCGAAAAAACAUUUUCCAGGGCUACUACGUUCCCUUUUUCAGAGUUCCUUUACUAUGGAACAAGUCAAAAGUGGUUUUAAGGGAACUGGCAUUUUCCCUUUUAACAAAGAUACUAUUGACACACGCCUAUUUAAUCGGUGUUUUAUGUUACCAGAAAAAAAAAACUACAUUCUCAACUAAUCAUCUUAAAAGAUCAUGCUCAAUGCCUAACCUUCAUAGCAUUUGUGUUAACGAUGCUCCCAUUUCAACAUCAGUAUCAUCUGCUUCAUCAUUACCGAUUUCUACGUCGACUUCCUCUAUCAAAGAUUUUUUUCUUAAACAAUUACAAUCCAAAUGUGUAGAAACCUCUAAUCGUUUGAGGUCUGCACGAGUUUUAAGAUUUCGCUAUGGUGAAAGUUUAACAUCAGAAGCAUGUUUAAAACGAACAAGAGAAGAAGCUUCAAAAAAUCAACAAAAAAAAAAUACAAAAGAAAAAAAGUCAAAAAAAAAAAAAAAGACAGAUAAAAAUGAUUUCGAUUAUGAUGAGAGCAACAACACUCUAUGCCCUAAUUGUGGUGGAUGUGGAAAUAUAGGUGAUCAGUGGGUGUGCUGUGAUGUUUGUGACAUCUGGUAUCAUUUAAAAUGUACUACGAUAACUAAAUUAGAUAAUGUUAAAGUCAUGGAGUGGAAGUGUAGCAAUUGCUCUAAGCCUUUGUAAAAAUAUAAAUUUAAAAAUUAUUGUUUUUAA